CGUCGCGCCGCAUGGUGCUCUUCAUCGUCUUCCUCGCUCUCCUGCUCGACAACAUGCUUUAUACGGUUGUAGUUCCCAUCAUACCGGACUACCUAUAUACGCUUGAGCAUCACAGAGAGUAUGUGUACUCGAACGACGCGACAGAGAAUCCGUCCAGCCUCGCUAACUCGACGUCCAUCAGAUCUCACAACGCCACGAUCGGCGACCAGAAUGACGACCUGGGCAAUGAGAACAGCCAGGUUGGCUGGUUGUUCUCAUCGAAGGCCAUCGUUCAGCUAUUUGCUAAUCUGCUCGUAGGACCUCUAACGAAUAGAAUCGGAUAUACAAUACCAAUGUUCGUAGGAGUGAUCGUUCUGAUCAUAUCUACAAUGAUUUUCUCCGUCGCUCAGUCGUACGGUUGGCUGUUCUUCGCUAGGAGCGUACAAGGCAUCGGCUCGGCGUGCAGUGCGAUCGCAGGAUUGGGAAUGCUGGCGGAUAGAUAUAAGGAUGACAAGGAGAGAAGCCAGGCGAUGGGAAUCGCUCUCGGUGGAAUGGCUGCCGGAGUUUUAGUCGGAUACCCAUUUGGAAGUCUAAUGUACGACUUUGUUGGACAGACGGCACCGUUUAUAUUUAUCAUAUUCCUUGGACUUCUUGGUGGAGUUUUGCAGGCCGUCAUUCUGCAGCCAUCAGUCGAAAGUAAAGUGAGAACAGAGGGGGCGCCACUACUCGAGCUCGCCAAAGAUCCAUACAUUUUAAUAUCAGCUACAAUUAUCUGCGUUUCUACAUUUGCCAUGGCCAUUCUGGAAACAACACUACCAAUCUGGCUGAUGGAAACGAUGCAACCGCCGACGUGGCAAUUAGGCACGGUUUUCCUACCAGACAGCAUAGGCUACCUGCUCGGCACCAACCUAUUCGGUAUCGUCGCGUUCAAGCUCGGCAGGUGGAUAUGCGCAAUGUCGGCCGUACUCAUUAUUGGGUGCUGCCUCGUCAUGAUUCCCUUUGCGACGCAAAUAGCACAUCUUCUCAUCCCGCACUUUGGCGUCGGCUUGGGAAUCGGUAUCGUCGAUUCGUCGAUCAUCCCGCUACUAGGUCACAUCGUCGACGUGCGUUACGUCAGCAUAUACGGAAGCGUGUACGCCAUCGGCCAGACCGCAUCGUGUCUUGCGUACUCCGUAGGACCUGGUGUGGGAGGCGAGCUGAAUGAAGCUGUAGGGUUCUCAUGGGUGAUGCGCAUCGUCGCCAUCUUGAACUUCCUGGUUGCUCCACUGUGCUUCUUUCUCAGGCGACUUCCAGAAAGCGAGGAGAGCGUGUCGAUCUUGAUGAACGAGUGUCCCAUCGCAUACUCAACUGAAACACAGCAGCCAAUCUACGUCACUACAGGCCACACGAGGCUCAUCGACGAAGACUCAGAUUGACAAUGAAUGCUGGCGUUAGACUCUAACUGGCUCUCACGGACCCAACGAUUCUCUCUUCUGCUCUACUGUACCUCGAAUG